AUGAACAAUAAUAAUGAUGACGGUGUUAGACCAAGUAACCUUGAUUCAUUUGUGGGUCAAGAUGAGUUGAUCGGCGAGAAAGGAAUUCUAAGAAAUUUAAUAUUACUAGACAAAAUACCUGGAACUGGAAAAACCACACUUGCAAGAAUAAUUGCAAAUACGACAAAUUCUGUAUUUAAAGAAUUUUCUGGAACUUCUCAUGCUUUUGAUGAGGCAAAGAAUGAGCAAAAGUUGUUAGGACAUCGUACUAUAAUAUUUUUGGAUGAAAUUCAUCGAUUUAAUAAGGCUCAACAAGAUUUAUUUCGAGCCACAACUGAAAAUCCUUCAUUUAAGAUAAAUUCCGCACUUCUCAGUCGGUGUAUGGUUUUUGCAUUAAAAAAAUUAUCUACUGAUGAAAUACUUAUCAUUUUGAAAAAAGCUUUGGCACAAGAAAUUUCUGCACAAAAAAUUAUUAAUGUUGAUGAUGUUGACUCAGUUAUGGAUGAUGAUGUUGAACAAUUCGAGAAUAUUAUAGAUGAUGAAUCAUUGAAGUUUUUAGCAGUAAUUAGUGAUGGUGAUGCUAGAGUUGCGCUUAAUGCACUUGAGGUUGCUUUAAAUAUAAGCAAACGUGAACCAAGAAGAACAAAAUUAAACAAAGAUGAUAUUAAAAAAAUAUUUCAAAAAUCUCAUUUAUUAUAUGAUAAAGACGGCGAAGAACACUAUAAUAUAAUUAGUGCACUUCAUAAAAGUAUGCGUGGAAGCGAUCCUAAUGCAAGUUUAUAUUGGUUGGGCCGUAUGUUAACAGCAGGAGAAGAUCCAUUGUAUAUAGCUAGAAGAUUAAUCGUAUUUGCUUCUGAAGACGUUGGACUUGCGGAUAACAGUGCUUUACCUUUGGCUAUCUCAACUUAUCAAGCAUGUCAAUUCAUAGGAAUGCCAGAAUGUGAAAUAAAUUUGGCUCAUUGCGUUGUUUAUUUGGCUGAAGCAAAGAAAAGCAUUAGAUCUUAUAAAGCUUAUAAACUUGUAAAAGAAUAUGCUUAUCCUGUUCCAUUACAUAUUAGAAAUGCACCUACUGGAUUAAUGAAGGAACUUGGAUAUGGGGAAGGUUAUAAAUAUAAUCCUGGCUAUGAAGGUCCUGUUUAUCAAGAAUAUCUUCCGCUAGAAUUAAAAAAUAAAGUAUUUCUUGAUGUUGAGGGAGAAAAAAAAUCAUUUGAUAAAAGGUUUAAAAUUCAACUUGCUGCUGCUAAAUUGAUUCAUUCGGUAGAUGAUGAUCCUCGAUAUGUUGAAUAUUUAUCAAAAUCACUUGGAUAUUCUGAGGAUCAUAAAAAUAAUGAAUGGGAGGAACCAUUGAUGCUGAAAUAUUAUGCAAUAGUUACAGCAAUGGUAGAAGCAAUGAAUGAAUGGUAA